AUUAUUUGUAGUUUGUUUUUAUUUUGGUAGUGUUCGAGUCUGGUGCAGUGAGUCACACAUAAAUCACAAUAGUUAUAAUUUACUGAUAACAAUAGUUUUGUACGCAGAAUAUUAUCUAACAUUCUCUCCUUGUCUUCUAUAAACAAUCAUGAAUAAUUACAAAGAGCCUCCGCCCCCUUACAGCCCUCAAUAUCCGAGUACUCAUUAUGGACCACCUCCAACUGUAACCUACCCACCAGGUCCAGCUCCAGGAUAUCCUCCAGGACCAACCCCAGCAUAUCCCACUUAUUAUGGCCCACCUCCUCCAAAUCAAGGAUACGGAGCCACAACGACCACUGUGAUUGUAGAAAAUCCAACUAUUAUUGGUGCUUGCCCAGCUUGCCGUGUAGGUGUUUUAGAAGACGGCUUCACUUGCCUAGGAGUAAUGUGUGCCAUUUUCUUUUUCCCUUUGGGUAUUCUCUGUUGUUUGGCUUUAACGGAGAAGAGGUGUUCUAAUUGCGGAGCCCAAUUUAGUUAGAUAAUAAAUGACGAUCUAUUUGAUAAGUGUUAAACUAUAAAGAUUUACAUGAUUAUUUUUAUCUUUGUAUUUUCUAUACAGGGUGUAAAAUUAUACCAACAACACGAAAAUUUAUCCAUUUUAACUAUAGAAUUUUAUAUUUGAUAUUGUUAUGGCUCUUUAUUAGGUGUUCUGUUUAUUUUUAAAUAUACUUUAUUGCACAUA